AUGACGGCGCUGUGCCUGCUGCGCAGCGACCUGCGCCUGCACGACAAUGAGGUGCUGCACUGGGCGCAGGGCAACGCCGACCACGUCGUGCCCCUCUACUGCUUCGACCCGCGGCACCGCCUGGGCACCCACUGCUACGGCUUCCCCAAGACGGGCCCGCAGCGGCUGCGGUUCCUCCUGCAGAGCGUGAGAGACCUGAGGGACACGCUGCGGGCGAGGGGAAGUACGCUGGUUGUGAGGAAAGGGAAGCCGGAAGAUGUGGUCAAUGAUCUAAUUACUCAGCUGGGCUCCGUGAGUGUUGUGGUUUUCCACGAAGAGGCCACGAAGGAGGAGCUGGAUGUGGAGAAGGGGCUGCUCCAGGUGUGUGGUCAGCAUGGAGUGAAAAUCCAGACGUUCUGGGGAUCCACAUUGUAUCACCGGGAUGACCUCCCCUUCAAGCCUAUCACCAGAUUGCCUGAUGUCUACACUCAGUUUCGAAAAGUCGUGGAAACCGAGGCAAAGGUUCGGCCAACACUCCACAUGGCAACUCAGCUCAAGCCUCUGCCUCCAGGGGUAGAAGAAGGAUGUAUCCCUACCAUGGAGGAUUUGGGACAGAAGGAUUUUGUAACUGAUCCACGAACAGCUUUUCCCUGCAGUGGAGGAGAGACUCAGGCACUAAUGAGACUACAGUAUUAUUUUUGGGACACGAAUCUGGUUGCCUCUUACAAGGAGACACGGAAUGGACUCAUCGGAACGGAUUAUUCAACCAAAUUUGCGCCAUGGUUGGCCUUAGGCUGCAUUUCACCACGAUACAUCUAUGAGCAGAUCCGGAAGUAUGAAAAGGACCGAACAGCAAAUCAGAGCACGUACUGGAUCCUUUUCGAACUGCUCUGGCGGGAUUACUUCCGCUUUGUGGCCCUGAAGUAUGGCAGAAGGAUUUUUUCACCGAGAGGGCUGCAAGGCAAAGAGGUCCCCUGGAAGAAGGACCUUCAGCUCUUUGACUGUUGGAAAGAGGGCAAGACGGGGGUUCCUUUCGUGGAUGCCAACAUGCGGGAGCUGAGGGCGACGGGCUUCAUGUCUAACCGAGGGCGGCAGAACGUCGCCAGCUUCCUCACCAAGGACCUGCGUCUCGACUGGAGACUGGGAGCAGAGUGGUUCGAAUACCUGCUGGUGGACUACGACGUUUGCAGCAAUUACGGCAACUGGCUCUACAGCGCUGGCGUCGGCAACGACCCGCGGGACAGCAGGAGGUUCAACAUCAUCAAGCAAGGCCUGGAUUACGAUGGCAGUGGGGAUUACGUGCGGCUGUGGGUCCCAGAACUACAGGAGUUAAAGGGAGGAGAGAUCCACGCACCUUGGGCACUGAGCAGCGCCUCUCUUUCCCGAGCGGGAAUAACCCUAGGCGAGACCUACCCGCAGCCAGUUGUGACGGCCCCGGAGUGGAGCAGACACAUCAGCCACAGGCCUCAUGGAAGAGAUGCUCAUCCCAAGGGCAAGAAAGGACCUGCACACCCACCGAUGCAGCACAAGGACAGGGGCCUAGAUUUUUACUUUUCUCACAAGAAACACCCAUGAGGAAGUCCUCAGCAGAGCAAAGAAUGGCAAAUAUCCUUGAAACCCACCCGUGCAAGAAGUAGGGCUGCAGUAAAGAGGAACCUGCCUCAGAAAUGUUUCCAGGAACAUCAGCUGGGCAGAGAUACUGGCAAGUUCUGCAUUAGCACUAGUCAUGAUGAUCUGAUACAGUUUUUUUUUCACUUUAGGGCUUAAAUUGCUGCUGAGAGCUCUUAGUCAGCUAGUAGGUUAUACUCCAGAAGUGGCUCCCGAGGGCCUGAUUCCCAUAAAUAAUAUAUCACUCUUGAGCCUGUGAAAUGCUUUGGCUGAAAGGGGUUGUAUAACUCUUAUUAAUUAACCAAAAUGGUGUGGCCUGUCUGUUGUGAGGGCCUUUUCCAGGCCCCUUUUGCUUUGCAGUGCAGUUUAUGGCUAUUAAAGCUAAAUUCCAACAUCUCGUAGCAAACUGAAGAAGAUGUGUUAUGUGUAGAGCU